AUGGUGAAGAGGAAGCGAAGUCGUAAAGAACUAUCGGCCCUUCUUGAUGGCGAUAGCGGAGUCUCUGUGACUGCUUCAAAGCCUCAAGUUACCAAAACUAAGCCAGCUAAAGUGGCAACCGCUAAACCAAACAGUGGAAGCAAGAAAACAGCGCCAAAAGCACCUGCCAUUAAAGAAAAGGUUGAAGCGGAAAGCACAGAAGACUUCAUGGAGUUUUUGAAAGGAGAAGGCGUUGAUCAGGAAUUCUUAGACUUCGCAGAUGGAGAUCACGAAUUGUCAGGCUCUGAUUCCGAGGAGGAAAAAGAAGACAAAAAUUCUGUGGAAGAUGAUGAAGGAGAAGAGCUUUUCGAUAAGAUUGAAAACGACGUUGAUUUUUCUGAUGAUGAAGAGGAAGAAAUGGAUCAAGAGCCAUCUGAAGAAAAGGAAGAUGAUCCAGAGUCAGAUGCGGGUCAUUUCGCCGAAAUGAGCUCAGACGAAGAAGAACUCGAUGAAAUGGAUUUUGAUGGGGGUCUCCAGCUCGAUAAUGAUUCUGAUAACGACGAGGCGGAAAUGGAUGAUCCUGAGUCGGACAAAAAGCUCAUUACUUCGGAAAAACUGAAUAGUUGGAUCGAACAACUGGAAUCCGGCUUUCAUAGACCAGUUGACAGAAUAGCGACAACGUUAUACUCGAGCAUCGUGCAGUUGGAUUCAAGAGACGGUGGCGAGAAAAACAAGCACGACAAGAAGUUCCUGUCCAAAGUGAAAACGACUGGAAAUCUUUUCCCAGAGUUGUGCACCGCUGCGAUCGCAAAAGUGCCUCCCUGCCUUUUCAAAUUAUUCGAGUUGGAAGAAAACUCAAAACCAGGCCAGCUCAUGCAACACAAACUUUGGAAAAAGCUUCGGCGGCCGAUCAAAUUGCUUCUCAAGGCCUAUCUGGCGCUGCUCGAACGAUUGCUGGAUAAGAGUGCUCAGAAUAAUUUGCUCACGACUAUCAGAAACACUUCCAUUCUGUUCAUGGCCUCCACCAUGACGAAGCCUCUCCUAAAAGCAGUCGUCGGAGUCUGGGCGAAAUCGGAGGAGCAGACUCAACGAGUACAGGCCUUCCUAACGAUUCAUAAAGUCCUGCGACAUAAACCGGAUGCAGUUGAAGGCACAAUGCGAAUGAUGUACAAAGCCUACCUUGCAAAUGCCAAAUUUGUCAAUACAAGCACCUUGCCGAAUAUUUAUUUCAUGCAGAACUGCCUGAUCGAGCUUUAUAAAUUAAACGACGUCGUAUGCUAUCAACACGGAUUCCUGUAUAUUCGUCAGCUGGCAAUUCACCUCAGAAAAGCGCUAAUGAAUGCUUCGAAAGAUACGAGAAGGACGAUUUGUAAUUGGCAAUUUUUAUCCGCAGUUUCUUUAUGGUCGAAGAUUCUUGUGACGACUCCAGCGCUGGACGAGCUCUAUCUUCCUUUGAUCCAGAUCAUCUUCGGUGUUUUCGACAUUAUCUCCGGCUCGCCGAGACUUUCGCCUCUGACCUUUCAUAUGAUCAGAUGUGCCCUGCUGCUCUGUGGACCGGAGCAAAAGUACAUCCCUCUCUGGCCGUAUAUUCUCGAGUUGUUCAAGUUCUUGCCCACUGGAUCGAAGGCUCCAUCUCAACAAGUCCUCAUGGAAGGUGACUUGAAUCAGGGAAACAUUCUUCCGGACUUUCAAAUUGCUUUGAAGCUCUCUUCGGGCCAAGUCAACAAUAAACGAUUACCAGACAAAAUCCUGGAUGAGCUUUAUGAUGUAGCAUUUACGUACUCAGCUGCUAUUAGCCACAGAAUCGACUUUCCAGAAAUUGUCAGAAUGGCGAUGAAGCGUAUGCGAGAGUUUUCAAAGGAUACGAAGAAUAAAAGUCACAGGAAUAGCAUCAAAAAGCUUCAUGGGAUUAUGGAGAAGAACAUUGAGUACAUUGAAACCGAAGAGAAAAGUCAAAAUUGA